AUGUCGCCUCUCAGCCAAAUGUCGCGUCCUCUUGUCCGCAGUUCCAGCAACGUGCGAUCAUUCUCAAUUGCCAUCCCAGCUCGACGCGAAGGGCAAGUGAUCAACCCAAAGCCCCGUGGAUAUCUGGCCGACAAAGAGCCAAUCACCCGCCGGGAAGCCACCAGUGAGCGAUACUUUGUCAAGACCCAGCAGCCAACGCAGACGCAACCUGAACAACCCGAGACAUACCAGAUGGUGCGGCAGAAGAUGCUCGAACACCGUCGUAAUCUAGACGAGUUGGACCAAUAUCUGUGA